AUGGAGCAUAACAGUAGGAAAAUCUGGCUUAUUACAAAAGUAAUACUACCAGUUGUAGGCAUCGUGAUAUGUUGUGCUUUGGUGCUCACUUCUAUCUCAUUGAUAAAGAAAACAAAAAGUCACUCAGCAACCUUGGCAGAAUUUCUUUUCAUUGAUGACAAAUAUCCUAGAGUUUCUUAUGCUGAAUUGGUACAAGGAACCAAUGGAUUUGGUAAAGAUAAUCUCAUUGGUAAAGGAAGGUAUGGAACAGUUUACAAGUGCAGUUUGCUUCUAAAAAAUAUGAUGACUACAGUUGCACUGAAGGUUUUUGAUCUUCAACAAUCUGGCUCAUCUGGAAGUUUCAUAGCUGAGUGUGAGGCACUUAAUAAGAUACUCCAUAGAAAUUUGAUCAGUGCCAUAACAUGCUGCUCAAGUUCUGACUCAAACCAAAAUGACUUCAAAGCCCUUGUGCUUGAGUUCAUGCCUAAUGGGAAUCUACAUAGUUGGUUGCAUCAAGAUGUGCAUGCAUCACCGCAGCGCCAUGGUUUGACAUUGAUGCAACGAUUGAAUAUUGCAGUUGAUGUUGCAGAUGCAAUAGAUUAUUUGCACAACAACUGUCAGCCACCAAUAAUUCACUGUGAUUUGAAGCCAAGCAACAUUCUUCUAGAACAAGAUUUAGUUGCUCAUGUUGGAGAUUUCGGCCUUGCAAAGAUUUUUCCUGAUUUAGCGAGUAAGCAAGCGAGUAACUCAAAGAGCACGAUUGGAAUAAGAGGAACAAUAGGAUAUGUUGCACCAGAAUAUGGGGGACGGUGGCCAAGUUUCUCCAUGUGGUGA